GUCCACACCCAGGCUCCCGUCGGACAAACAGCAAAGCUAUGGAGUGCACUGCAGCGGUCCUGUUGUUGGGGCUCCUGUGGGCUUUGCUGUGGUUGCUUUACGACAAAAAGAGCAAGACCACGACAAGCCGUCUCCCUCCAGGACCGCCGGCACUUCCUCUGCUAGGAAACCUGCCUCAGCUGGACAGACAUGCACCUUUUAAAAGCUUCCUCAAGAUGAGCCAAACGUAUGGAGCGGUGAUGACCGUGCACCUGGGCUGGCAGCGUACAGUGGUCCUGGUGGGCUACGAGGCCGUCAAAGAGGCUCUGGUAGACCAAGCUGAUGACUUUGCAGGAAGAAUGCAGAUGCCGUUCCUCUACAAAGCCACCGGGGGCUACGGUUUGGGCAUCAGUAACGGCGAGCGCUGGCGACAGCUGCGGCGUUUCACCCUGACCACCCUACGAGAUUUCGGGAUGGGACGCAAAGGCAUGGAGGAGUGGAUCCAGGAGGAGAGCCAACACAUGAGGGCCCGCAUGGACUCUUACAAAAAGGCGCCCUUUGACCCCACCUUCCUGCUGGGCUGCUCAGUGUCCAACGUGGUGUGCUGCCUGGUGUUUGGACAACGCUUCAACUACGAGGACACCGACUUCCAUCAGCUACUGGCCAUUAUCAAGGAACUGGUUAUGUUUGUGGCUAGUCCUCUGGGGCAGAUGCACAACAUCUUUCCUGGACUGAUUGAGCGCCUGCCAGGCCACCAGCACAAAGUCUUUGCUCACAUGGAGACGGUGAGAUCUUUCAUCAAAAAGAAGAUCCAGCAGCAUGCAGACACUUUGGACUCUAGCUCUCCCAGAGACUACAUUGACUGCUUCCUCAAUCGCAUCCAACAGGAAAAGGACAACGCUUCCAGUGAGUUCUUCUAUGACAACCUGGUAUCCACAGUCAUGAAUCUCUUCAUGGCUGGAACAGAAACCAGCAGCUCUACUAUUCGAUACGCCCUCAGCGUGUUCAUUAAACACCCUGAUAUACAAGAGAAAAUGCAGCAGGAGAUCGACGAUGUGAUUGGACGAGAACGUUGUCCCAACAUGGAGGACAGAAAGUCCAUGCCCUUUACAGAUGCAGUCAUCCAUGAGGUGCAGCGCUUUCUGGACAUUGUCCCCUUCAGCCUGCCACACUACACGCUGCAUGACGUCUCUUUUAGAGGCUACACCAUUCCCAAGGACACCAUCAUCAUUCCCUUGCUGCACUCUGUGCUGAAAGACGAGAAACAGUGGGCGGAGCCUUGGUCUUUUAAUCCUCAGCACUUCCUGGACCACAACGGCGACUUUAAGAAGAACCCGGCGUUCAUGCCUUUUUCGGCAGGGAAAAGAGCUUGUGUCGGGGAGUCUCUGGCCCGCACGGAACUGUUCAUCUUCAUCACGUCACUGCUGCAACAUUUCAGCUUCUCCUGCGUCGGAGGUCCAGACAGCGUCAACCUUACGCCGGAGUUCAGCAGCUUCGCCAACGUGCCGCGGCAACACCAGCUCAUCGCUACGCCUCGCUGACAUGCGCGCCUCCAAAAAGGUUGAUCAGAACAGCGUCUCAGACCUCUCACACCAUCUCCACAUAUGGCUGCUUCACGUUUUUUGCCGUUAUAAUUUAGUCUCAACAUGUGGCUUUUACUCACAGGUUAAUGAGCUUGUGAGCAAAAUAUUUUUCACGGGUUAUCUAUAUAUUUUUAUAUAUACAUAUUACAAUGUGGUCAACAGUUUGAAAAUUUGUGCUCUACAGUCUAGCGAUGAUAAUGAGAAACCACAGGAAAAAUUCUUGACGGUUAGUAUUACCGUUUCCAAUUGCAAUUAGCAUAAAACCGCAAUUAACUACCACAUUUUGAAAAACUCAGAUAUUGUUCAUUUCCGAUAGUAGCAGCUAGCAUGCUAAUGGAUAGCUAGCCUAAAUGCUAACAAAAAUACAAUACCCAUUUCAUUGUGUGUGUAAGUACUUUUUCAACAAUAUGGUGAUAAUAAUAAUAACUUUGAUAUAAAAUGUGUAUAAUGUUACAUCCCUACAGUAGUCUUUUAUCAUUGUAUGAUAAAUGUGUGACAAUUUUGACGAAUUGUUGUACAUGUUGCAGGUCCCAAGUAGCCGGGACAAUCAGUCAGAUAAUGUCCUGUUAAACAGGAGGAAAAAGCACACAGAACGCUUCAGUUGUUUACAGACUGGUCGCGCUCAUCAGAAUGUAUUAACAUAAAUUACAAAUGCACAAUUCACUUCAUUUCCCAUAUCUUUGGUCACUUUGUAUUAUCAUGUCAAUGUCUUUUACAGUAAAAGACAUUGACAUGAUAAUACAAAGUGAGGGGGGCGUGGUUGGGGCGUGGUUAAGAGGAGAGUAUAUUUACAGCUAGAAUUCACCAAAUCAAGUAUUUCACAUAUAUAUAUAAUAUACAUACAUACAUACAUACAUACAUACAUACAUACAUACAUACAUACAUACAUACAUACAUACAUACAUAUAUAUAUAUAUAUAUAUAUAUAUAUAUAUAUAUAUAUAUAUGAAAUACUUGACUUUCAGUGAAUUGUAGCUAUAUAUAUAUUUUAUUUUUAUUUUAUUAUACAUAUAAAUAAAAGACAUACUUGAAUUUCAGUAUUCUGCAGGCUAUCCGGUAGGUGGCAGUAUUGUCCUGUUUAAGAGUGUCACAACAUUGCUGUUUAUGGCAGACGAACUGCUUUACAGUAGACUAAACGUGACUGCUGUUGUUGUGUGUUGUUACCGCGCUGGGAGGACGUUAAUGAAACUGCCUAACAAUAAACCCACAUAAGAAACCAAGAACUCUCUCUGCUUGUUGUGCACUCUACUCUCUAAAAGCCGUAGAUGUUAUGACGUCAUUGGGCAGGCAAGCUGCUGGGAAAGCGGACGUGAGAACGGCUGUCCCCACUCAGGUCGGCAUUGAGCUGGAGGGGGCGUGGCCUCCAGCUCCGGCUGAAUACCGGGAGUUUGUCGAGAGAAGGGAGGUUGUCGGGAGAGGCGCUGAAUACCGGGAUUCUCCCGCUAAAAACGGGAGGGUUGGCAAGUAUGCCUUUUACUUUAUCUUCAACUCUGUUUUCAUCAAAACACUCAAUAAAUCAUCACUGUAUCACUGGAGUAAUAAUUACCAUUACAAUACUGUAUGCCUUUCCCAUAUAUUUUCACAUAUCCACAUCAUCACUCCAAAACAUACAAUAUAGUGCCCAAUUAGACCUCCAGUACUCUGGAAUGCCCUCCCGGUAACAGUUAAAGAUGCUACCUCAGUAGAAGCAUUUAAGUCCCAUCUUAAAACUCAUUUGUAUACUCUAGCCUUUAAAUAGACCCCCCUUUUAGACCAGUUGAUCUGCCGUUUCUUUUCUGCUCUGCCCCCCUCUCCACGAAUUUGGUGACCACAGAUGAGGUGCUAGCUGUCAAAAGUGGGGACCCAGGGUGGACGCAUCAGUUGGGGACGUCUCU